AUGGGAAACUCCAAACCCCAUUCAAAGCCCCUGCCGCUCAAGUCAAGCACUUGCAAGCUUGGAACAAAUCACAGCGCCCCAUCAAGAAAAUAAGUUUUCCUCGUGCGGCGAAACGAAUUACGUCACGUCAUCAUCUUUGUUGACGGUACUCGUAUCACCAGCUGUGCUUGCUACUCCACGCUACCGCUACCGAUUGCUUCUCCCUUACUUCCACCAUAUUUUCAGUCCUGUUGAAUAUCACAACUGUCAACACCAGAAAUACCACAUCUCGGAUUAACACGCCAUAGUUGCUGAGGUAUUAUCUAUUCCCAACAUGAAGCUCUUUUCUCAGCUCCUGGUCUUGGGUCUUGCCGCCGAAUCCACGAUUGCGAGCAACUGGUUCAGCAAAGCUGGUAUGUAGAGCUUCAUAUUUCGUCUUCUUCUCUUUCUACAGCUUCUAUCAUUCUCCUUGAAGCUUCUCAGGCUCUUCUGCUCUUUUCCGGCGACUGUUCACUGGCUUGCCGAGCAUCUCCAAAACCGUUCCAUUCACAUCACUAACCAAAACGAUAUUCCCAACAUUGCUAACUUUUCCACAGUUUAUAAUAAAUGGCACGAAACAGAGCUUGAGAGAUGGCUGUCCGACCACAACGUCCCAUAUCCUACUCCCGCAGAUCGAAAAGAUCUAGAGAACAUUGUCAAGGAGAACUGGCAAUCCAAGAUCGCAACCCCAUAUAAUGACUGGGAAGCUCCUCAAUUGACUAGCUUUCUAAAGCAAAAAGGCGUGGAAGCCAAGGAUGCUGCAAACAGCAACAAGGAUAGCUUAAUUUCGCAAGUCAAGAGCACUUGGUACGAAGCAGAGGUAUUUUGAGGAAAACUUUUUUGCUUGUGAAGGUUUCUAAUAACAGUUCCUGUAGGACAAGGCAGAAGAUGCUUGGAGCAGUGUUAAGGACUGGGUAUUUGAUAGGUAUGCUUUCUCUUCCUUUUCUUAUCCACAUUUUGGCUAACUUGUUUGUAGCUGGACAGGUAACACAUAUCAACCAGGGUUAUCGUCAACCACUGACAUGAAGAAUAGAUUCACAACUGAAGGCAUUUGCCGAUAAACACGGUAUUCCCGUUCCUCAACCACGAAAGCGUGACACCCUUCUCCAAACCUUACGCUCCAACUACGAGACCAUUGUCUCCAAGGCUGGCGAGACCGCAGCUUAUCCUGGCAAUUGGCUCUACGAGACCUGGACUGAAUCUGGUAUGGCCUUGUUUACAUAUUUUCUACUCUUUCUGAGCUAAUUAUUUGUAGACUUGAAGGAGUGGCUCGACUCUCAUGGAAUCCCAGCACCCCAACCCAGCACUCGUGACAAAUUGAUCGCUAGCGUUCGUCGUAAUGCUCGUAUUGCCAGUUUGAGGAUGGCCGAAACAUCCGCCUCCGCUUCAAAAUCCGCUGCUGCUGCACAGGAGACACUCAGUGAGAAGUUGCUUGAAGCAUGGUCCGAUUCUCGUAAGAGAAACAAUCCUUUUUCUUUUGUUAAGGCUAAUGUUUGUAUAGAAAUCAAGGAGUGGGCCGACAAGAACGGAAUCAAGGUUCCUCAAGGAAGCAAGCGUAACGAGCUUCUUGCAAUCGCGAGAAAGCACCGAGCUCAACUCUUUGGCGAUAAUGUUUCCGAUUCUGCAAGCUCUGCUUUUGGAGCUGCUACCUCAAAGGCUGCAAACGAAUAUGCCCGUGCUUCCGAUAGCGCUGAACUCAAGGCAGAAGAUGCAUUCAAUACUGCCGUUUCUACAUGGAGUCAAUCAAGACUGAAGGCAUAUUUGGAUGCCCGAGGUGUUCCAGUCCCACAAUCAGGAAAGAAAGAUGAGCUUCUUGCAGCUGUUAGACUUAACAAACACAAAGCUGCUACCGGCUGGUCUGCAUGGACAUUUGAUACCUGGACUAUUGAGAACCUCAAGGCUUACCUUUUGGCAACCGGUGAUGAAGCUGCAAAGAAGACUGCCAACAAGGUAGGAGCUACACGCGAACAACUCCUCUCCGCAGUUCAAGAUUCGUACAACUCUGCUUCUAGUGCUAGUGGCGAUGCUUAUGCCUCCGUCACUUCGUAUUUGGCAAAGCAAACUGAUGCUGCCAAAGACUCGGUAUUCGACACAUGGUCCGAAUCUGGUAAGUCUCUUCCACAAAUUUCUUAAAUGCUUAGCUAAACAAUGUCCUAGAACUUAAGAACUAUCUCGACUCUUACGGAUUCAAGGUGCCCCAAGGAUCCACCAAGAACCAACUUGUUGCCUAUGCGCGAAAUGCUCGAAAUUAUUUCCAAUACGGUGCCACUACUCCUCAAGGAACUCUAUAUGCUAAGCUCAGCAACGGUGUCCAAUGGGUCUUGAAUCAGCUGAGCAUUGGUGCCGCAGCUGGCCGUAAAGAGGCCGGUUACCAAGGUCAAAAAGCAGCUGAUGCCGUCAAGGAGGGAGUUACCUCUGCCACCAACCGUGCUGGAGAGGCUGCACAAAAGGCCGGUGACAAGAUCAAGGAGGAGUUAUAAUUUAAAUAGCUCGAUGUUUCCGUAACGAUGAAAGCAGUGAAAGAUAAUUCGGUGGAGAUAAUGGUGAUUUUCAUGAAUUUGUACUCGUAUGGACGGAUUGCUUUCUUUUUCUCCUUUUGGCGCGAAAAGGCAAGGCAUUUAACGACUCUCAUGCCGGGUUGGGUU